AUGACUAUACCUCAGCAGGAUCAAGAAGUGCGUGGCGCCAAGAAAAAGGCUAUCGAAAAUGCAGUUUGGAAUCAAGACAAACCAAGAUGCAAGAAUGCAACAGCAACAUCAGGCCAAGACUGUCCUGCCCAAAAAAAGAGAACUGUCGCGUCACCAACACCUACUCCAAGUCAGAACUCCAGCUCCAAGUCAAACAGGACUGCAUCAACAAAGCCGUCAACACUGAGUGCAUCAAUACACUUAAAACUCGGUUAUGGUACUUACAUAGAAAAAACUUGGGCACUGGCAGAGCAUCAGCACAACUUGGUGGAUACAGAUAGCAACUCGUCUAAUGAUGGUAUCUUGCAGGAAGCUGCACUGAUGGUUAAUAAGCAAGCACGUUAUCGACAACCAGCCAAACUCUGCCAAACAUAUGCUAUGCAAGAUGUGGCAUUGCCUGAAGAAGAUGAUGAUGAUGAGCAGAGUGGUGCUGACUCUGAUGAUGCUUGGCCCAGGGACAAACCGAGUUGGGACAGCUUAACUGAUUCAGAUGGUAACAAGAGUGCCACUGGCAGCGAGAAUGAAGAUUUGGCUGCGAUGCUGCUUUUUGAUGAGGUCACGUCACUCGUCACCAACAAGCAGCAGGGAGCAUCGAAAUCACGUGGCACUUCAAAAUCGGAGUUUGCCCGAGAUCACAAACAAGUGGCUGAGACUCCAACUUGGGCCAAUCUGGAUGUCGAAGACGCAGUUUCGGAGUCCAUUGAAGAUCCCUCAACUGGUGGCGACUCGUCAGAAUUUCAUUCUGACAACGAAGGCACUGCACCAAAACUUACCUCUGACACUCAAUCAUCGAAGACUUGGAGUAUCGCCUCUCUCGUUCGAACAGAAGGCAGAAAGGUGAAGUUACUUGAUCAGAACUUAGAGACUCGCAAAGUUCUUCAGUCUGCAAUCAUGGAAGUCAAGUGCCAUCUUUUUUUCGCCAACGGCUAUCCUGAACUGGUUGACAAGAACCAAGUCGCGCUGCAAGCAUUGAUAGUUGUUGCUGAAAAAUGUGGUGUGCAUGCAAUCAAAGAACGUCUUCAAUCGGACGAACGGUAUGUGUCACAACUUGGUAGCUUAGUGGAUGCUCAUGUUCCAAUAUUGCACUGUGAGCUGAAGGAAGACGCAUGUGCACAUGCCAAUGGUUACUUUCGCCUUGGACACACCGACACUGGGAAAGCUGCAGCGAGAAGGCUAUUGGAGAAGCUUACAUAUAUAUAUGCCUUGAAGUUUGAUAUCAAUAACGAGGCUUCGCCCAUUGGAAAGAAGCCCUACCAGGCUCUUUCAUAUGUAGCUCAAGGACAGCGCCUUGAAAUCCCUAUCCCUUUGCUGGCAUUGGUCACAACUGCGGUGUACGCAGCCCUUCUGUGGAAGUCGCAAGGUUCACCAUCCAAAUUCAACUUUACAGGAAAUUUAUUCAGCGAGACAUACAACUACCAUGUCAGGUUCCUGGAAAAACUGAAGAAGGACGCACCUGUGAAAUUCCACCAUAUGAUGGCCGACAUCUAUGAGGCUGCACAGAGGUUGCGAUACAGUGGCGCCGCUGCCAGUGGCCAUGCUGCUGAGCUGGAAGCAUUUGAGUUACUUGACCUCAACAAUAUGGAAGAAGACUGA